CUUCUGAAGUUAUACAGAUACAUCCUGGAUAUUCAGGAUCCCCUGCAAGAUAAAUACAACUGGGCAACCCGCUCUUACAUGGGCAUCCAGUACCUAUAGGUUUCAGUUAUAGUCUAGGCUACUAAUUAUGAAUCAGAUAUCAAAAUAUUAUAUCAAAGUUGUUCUUGUAUCUUCCAUAUAGUAUGAUCUGAAUGGAAUAACGUUCUUCCUUUUAUCCCUCUCAUGUUUUUCCUUUAUUAUCAUCAUUCUUCCUUCCUUCUUUUCCACUUGCCAUUAUUCCUUUGUUCACUGCAGCUCUUCUCAUUAUUUCUUUCAUUUAAAAAAUAUUCCAUAUAUUCUCUCUUUUAUUUUCUUUACCUUUUCUCCGAAGCUUGAUGCUGUGCCCUUUGCCAUGAAGCAGAAAAACAGCACAGAAUUCCAGGAAUUCAUCCUCCUGGGAUUUCCAGCUAUGAGAGAACUUCAGAUGCUGCUCUUCGUGGUGUUCCUGGUGGCCUACAUGCUGACCAUCUUGGAAAAUUUGCUCAUCAUAAUCUUGAUAAAGACGAACCACCAGCUUCACAAGCCCAUGUAUUUCUUCCUUUGCAACCUCUCCUUCCUGGAGGUUUGGUUCACCUCAGUCACUGUCCCCAAACUGCUAGCGAAUUUCCUUGUUGAAAGCAAGAAUAUAUCUUUUAGAGGCUGCAUGACCCAGCUUUACUUCUUCAGCUCCUUUAUUUGCACUGAGUGUGUCCUCCUUGCUGUCAUGGCUUAUGAUCGUUAUGUGGCCAUCUGUAAUCCUCUGAUGUAUCCAGUCAUCAUGAACCACCGGCUCUGCAUCCAGCUAGCCGCAUGCUCCUGGCUCACUGGUUUCUUGGCCUCCAUGCUGAAAGUAGUUUUCAUCUCUCAGCUGUCUUUCUGUGGCUCCAACGUCAUCAACCACUUCUUCUGUGACAUCAGCCCCUUGCUGAACAUGUCGUGUGCUGAUAUGACAAUAGCUGAAAUAGUAGAUUUCAUCCUGGCCUUGCUUAUCUUGCUGAUUCCCCUCUCCAUCAUGAUUAUCUCCUACAUAUGCAUCAUCAGCACCAUCCUGAAUAUCCCCACUACUCAGGGCAGGGAGAAAGCCUUCUUCACCUGUGUUUCUCACCUCACUGUAGUCAUUAUCUUCUUUUCAGCCACUCUGUUCAUGUAUGCCCGCCCCAAGAGAAUCUACCCUUUUGACUUAAACAAGCUGGUGUCAGUUGCAUACACUAUUGUGACUCCCAUGCUCAAUCCCUUCAUUUACUGUCUGAGGAACCAGGAGGUUAAGGAGGCUUUGAAGAAGAUCUUCAGACUGUCCUCCAUUAAGAUAGUUCCUUAG